UGGGAGCACUUAUCAUUACGCUACAUAAGAAGAGAGCAGAAAUGCAGAGGGCAAUCAAUGUUUAAUCCAGUAUGGUUGACGUUUUUGUCCGAUAGACUAUAUUUAAUCUCGUGGACGUUCUUCUUCUUCGGUUCCUAUUCUAAAUGCGUUAAGAACCCUCUCACAAUUUAAAACGGGUUUAUCAAAACAUAUAUUUUUUUAUAAUUCUCCCGCCUGAGAGACUUCUUUAUUUGCAUAAGCGAAUCUUCGUUCUGUUUGUAUUGCACACUCAAUCCAAACCAGGGCUCGUUCCAUUAAAAGAUAUCUCACAAUCCCUCUUCAAUUUUCCUUUAUACUGUUCAUCUGAAAAUUUUCGUCCCACAGGUUUCUUCGAUUGAAAGCUGCGAGAAUUUCAAACGGAUUGUAUUGAACUGAAAUCACCUGCGACCACUCGUAUAUAUUUUUGAUUUUCUUUUAAAGCACUUGCGAUUGCAAAAUAAAAAUGGGAGUCGGCGUGCGCACACUAACUGUCCUCAAACAAUUCGAACCCUUUGGCUUGACCGUCGAAGCCUCUGACAAUGGCGAUGAGAAGCCCUUCGAGGGAGAAUACAAGUACUCUUUAUUCGAUUCACAACUUAUAAGAUCAAAUGAAGACAUCAUUUCUGCCUCCUGCAACGACUGCGAUCACGAACUUUUCAUUCGUGGAAAACAUUUGGUGUGGAGCUCAAGUUCUCAAGUUCUUAGAAGAUACACUGCACCAUCAACGAUCAUUAAGGCUUCCUGGUGCCACAUGGGAUCCAUACCCGAGCCACUUCUGUGUAUUUUGCAUCUUGAUAGCUUGUUAACAUACACAUCAUCUGGAGACAUGGUAUCAAUUCCAACUCCUCCUGGUACUGCGUCAAUUUGGCCUGUUCCUUGUGGAUUGCUGCUAGAAAGAGUAGCUGACAGAAAUUAUCUACCUAGUAGUGCAAGUUCUUCUCCAGGUCAGUCUAUGCCGGGCGCACGGGAGUUGGGUCGUGUUAGUAGAGAGAGUUCUCUGACUCCUUUUAAUAGUCACUCUCCUUCUAAUUUUCGGUGGCCAGCUCAUGAUCGUCAAGUAAUCUCCUCACACUACAUUCUGAAAGAUACUUUGGAAGAGCCUCAGGCUUUAUUAGUUGAAGAGAGGGGAAAAACACUCCCAAUUAAUGAUCCGCAUGAACAAAUACUUUGGACAAGUGAAGUUGUACCUUAUAUCGUAUCCUACCACAAGGGGAACAUGCGGCAUUCCUUGUGGUAUUUAAAGACAGUUAAUUAUAAUAUGGAAACACCAUCGACCUUUAUAGUCCACAACGUGGUUUCUCUUGGAGAGCAAACAAAAGGUUUGUGCUUGCAGCGGAUUUGGCAAGAUAGGGGUCUUCAACCAGUUGCUAAUCAGGUAUUUUUUGCAACAGAUGAAGAUGGGGUGCCACUUAUCUGCUUUAUGCUAAAAGAUAAAAAGUGCUUACUUUCUCUAAGACUUCAUUCUAGAGAAAGAGAGCAAGAUAUUCUGACAGAAUUAACAGAUAUAAGUUGGAGAAUUCCUGCAAUUGAUGCAGCACCAGUUGUUGUGACUCGUCCAAGACUAAAGAGACAAGGAAUGCAUCAAUUUGAUUUGCUUAUCUUAGCUCCAGAUGGUGAGCUUUUUCUAUAUGUAGGGCGCCAUUGUCUUUGCAAAUAUAUUCUACCACGAAGUGUGCUUGAUGUUCCAAAUAUACCUGUUUCACAUUUCAAUCAACAUAUGAAGGAUGUUGUACUAGAGGAUGAGAACAAAUUUGAUAUAGCUGGAUUGUCUGAUGCAGUUCGAGGACGGAUAAAUUGUAUAACUGCUUCAGGAGAGGUCUUGAGAUGUACGUUGAGGGCUGAUCCAGUUUCCUCAGUAAUGGAAGAUUGUAUCAAUGCAUUGUCAGAGGGACUUAGCCCUUCAGUUUUUCUAUUUUUUUUGAAAUCACUCUGGGGCCAAGAUUGUCGUUUGUCUUUGUCAGAGACAAAUUUUGGAGUUGAUUCUGAGUGGGAGAUCUUUUCAAGGCUGAUGAUGGAGUGGAUGAGAAAUGUAAAUAAUGUAUAUCCAGUACAAGUGGAGGCCAAGAAAAAUUCAGCCUGGGAUUUCUUGCUGUGCAGUAAGAUGCACAUGGAUUAUGUCAAGAAUCCUAGCUUAACUGGCCUUUCACUUCCUCCUGUUGUUCCAGGUUUAAAAAUAUCACCCCAAUCUGCACAAACUACUGCUAAGGUGUCAACUGACAAUAUCUCUUUCUAUGAAAAAGGUUUGGUCGAAGUGCUAGACACAUUACAUGCUGUAUAUGAAGACUACAAGCUGGAUAUACUUCACAAACAGGAUUUACACCUACUUGCUUCUCUCUUGAGUAACAUAGCAGCAUGCCUAGGCGAGGCAAACUAUGUCGAUUAUUAUGUUCGUGAUUUCCCAGGGUUUUCGCUGCAUUUUCCUGUCCUUAGAAGAGCAUCCAAUCUCAAGAAUCCACCUAAUUUGUUACAGUGGCUGCAGAAUCGGUUAAAAUAUGGAUGCAGUUCCAAAGAUAGGGAAGGACUGCCCUCAUUGCUUUGUAAGGAAGGAAUUAUGUCUGUAGAUUGGUCUCGAAAAGUUGUAGCAUUUUAUUGCCUUUUGCUAGGCAGUGAAAGCACUGGUAAACAUCUUGUUUCAGGUAUAUCUUUUAAUGUUGCCAGUGGUACUGUUAACUCUCCAGAACAGUGGACCGUCUUGUCAAUGGUUGCUGAAGGGUUUGGUUUACCACAAUUAGAUCGACUACCUUGUGGAGUUUCUCUUCCACUGAGGCAUGCUCUUGACAGAUGUCGAGAAUCUGUUCCAUUUGAUUGGCCUGCACCUGCUUAUGUGCUUGUUGGGCGUGAAGAUUUGGCAUUAACUGCCAUUGGCCGUUCAACUGCAGAGAGAUCACCACAUAAAGUUCAGAGUGUGUCUAAUUAUCUUAAUCUAAUAUCUAUGUCUGCACCGUACACAUUACACUUGCACCCGUUGAUUGUUCCUUCAUCUACCACUGAUCUUGAAGCGACUGUUGUCUCUGGGAAGCAGAGGGUCGAUUCUGCAGCAGAAUCAGUUGUUGAUGGGAUGGAACAUAUGUUCAACCCAUCCACACAGUUACGAUUUGGCCGUGAUCUGCGACUAAGUGAGGUUAGGCGUCUUUUAUGUACUGCAACACCUGUAGUUAUUCAUGCGGUACAUGGUGCUGUUGAUGAAGAUCACCAGGCAUACUUAAUGCAUUUGACACAACGAACUACAGCCCAACCAUUUGGCCGUGGUGCAUUUACCCUUGCUACUACAUGGACUCUCUUGACAGAGGCAUUGACAAUUCCUACUCUUGAAGUGUGUGGGCGUGUACCGUCCAUGCGUAAUAUGAUUGUGCACCUGUCUAACCCAACUGGAAACAUAGGAGAUAUCAUUUCUUGGUCCGAGUUUCACAAUGGUGUGGCUGCAGGUUUAAGGAUCGCACCCCAUCAGGCAAGAAUGUCCCGUACAUGGAUAACAUACAACAAACCCGAGGAACCUAAUUUUUCUCAUGCAGGAUUUCUUAUGGCCUUGGGUUUGCAUGGGCACUUACGAAUUUUAGCACGGAGUGAUAUUUUUGAAUAUCUUACUCAGACCCAUGAAGCUACAAUGAUUGGAACAAUGCUCGGACUGGCAGCAUCACACAAAGGGACAAUGCAUCCUACCAUUUCCAAGAUGCUUUAUGUGCAUAUACCGUCUCGACACCCACCUUCAUUUCCAGAAUUGGAGUUACCAACACAUGUGCAGUCUGCAGCAAUAUUGGCAGUGGGACUACUUUAUCAGGAAUCAACACAUCCAAUGACUAUGAAAAUUCUUCUUGAUGAAAUUGGACGUAGAAGUGGCGGUGACAAUGUGCUUGAACGGGAACGUUAUGCUAUUGCUGCAGGCCUUGCAUUGGGCUUAGUAACAUUGGGACGAGGGAAUGAUGCAUCUGGAUUUGCAGAAACCUUGGUGAACCGUUUAUUUCAGUACAUGUCAGGUUCCAUUGAACCGCAGAAUGAGUCAUUUUCUAUGGAGUACAGUCUGGAAACACCUAGUAUUGGGCAAGUAAUGGAUGGAUCGUUUGUAAACCUUGAUGUGACUGCACCUGCAGCAACAGUUGCCUUAGCUUUGAUGUUCUUAAAGUCAGAAUGUGAAGCUGUGGCAUCAAGACUUUCUGUUCCAGAUACUCAUUACGGGCUACAGUUUGUGAGGCCUGAUUUCAUUUUGUUGCGUGUUGUUGCUCGCAAUAUGAUCUUAUGGGAGAGAAUCAACCCAAGUGAGAGUUGGAUACAAAGUCAGAUUCCAGAUAUAAUGAAGGAAGGAGUUAGGAUUAUGGCAGAUAAUUCAGAUGACAUACCAGGAAAUGUAGAUAUGGAGGCUAUCAUUCAGUCUUUUGCUAAUAUUGUGUGUGGGACUUGCCUUUCGAUAGGUUUGAGGUAUGCAGGCACAGCAAAUGCAGAUGCUCAGGAGUUGUUGUAUUCUUAUUCCAUAUAUUUUUUGAAUGAGAUCAAACCUGUUGCAGCAUCGAGUAUAGCUAGACAUCCAAAAGGCCUCUCAAAAUAUGUUGAUCGAGCAACUUUAGAGACGUGUCUUAGUGUCACAAUUCUUUCUCUUUCUCUGGUUAUGGCUGGCACUGGUCACUUAGGGACAUUUAAAUUGUUGCGAUAUCUUCGAAGCCGGAUUGAUCUUCAUGGACAUACCAAAUAUGGAAACCACAUGGCUGUUAGUAUGGCAAUCGGUUUCCUGUUCCUUGGAGGAGGGAGGUGUACAUUUUCAACUAACAAGGGUGCCAUUGCUGCAUUGCUGAUUUCCUUGUAUCCUGUUUUUCCAACAAAGCCAAAUGAUAACAACACACAUCUUCAGGCUUUCCGCCACCUCUAUGUCCUGGCUACAGAAACACGUUAUGUUCAAGCAGUUGAUGUGGAUACCGGUCGAGAUGUAUAUAUCCCCUUGGAGAUAACAAUCAAGGAAACAACCAACCAUUCAGAAACAACAUAUUGCCAAGUGACUCCUUGUACUUUGCCUGAACGUUCAAUUUUAAAGCGAGUACAAGUUUGUGGACCUCGGUACUGGCCUCAAGACAUUCAACUUUCUCCUACUGAUGAUCCAUGGUGGGGACCAGCGGAUAAAGAUGACCCAUUCAGUGGAGGUGUACUCUAUGUCAAACGCAAAGUUGGAGUUUGUUCAUAUGCUGAUGAUCCAACAGGGUGCCAGUCUUUGCUGUCCCGUGUGAUGCACAAGGUAUCUGACAGAAGCAAAGGAUCAGGUACUGGCACAAACAUAAGCAAAAGUUGUGGAUCUGCACUUUCAAAGGUUGACCAGUUAGUUAGUACAUUUUCAGCCGAUCCAAGUCUACAGGCAUUUGCACAACUAUGCUGUGAUGUCACUUGGAAAAAUAGGACUGAAAAUGAAUUCCAAGAGUUUUGUGUACAAGUUCUCUUUGAAUGUGUCAGCGCAGAUCGGCCAGCCCUUCUACAGACAUAUCUUUACCUCUUCACAACAGUUGGCUCGCUUGCUGAGUAUGCAUCAAGUCAAGGAAUUAUGUGCAAUGACACCUUAGCUCUUUCCAAUCUGCAGGUGGCAGUGGCGUACAGUGGAGCUCUAGUUAGUGGUAAACUACAGAAUGCCAGUGGAGAGCUCAUUCAAUCUACUUUUCUUGCAACUCUUGCAAAGCGUGUGGAAGACAUACUUAAUUAUUGGCGUUGUUUGCGGAUGGAUGGAGAUAAUCGUUACAUUGAUCUUGCUGAUUAUUUGCUCAAUGGAAAAUGGCCUUCCCUAGUGGAACCUAAUCAGAAUAGAAUUCAACCUGGCAUGUUUCUUGCUAUUUAUCUUAGGUGGUAUGACAUGCCACCUCCUCCUGUUGUAAAUUUAGCCAUGCAAAGGUUAACAGAGUGCCUUCCUAGAUGUCUUGCAUCUUCAAAGGAUCAUCCUAGGAUGCCUUUCUUGGCAUCAAUGUUACCAGGCACACAUGUCCGUGCUCUUGCUCAUAUAGAUGAAUGCUAUCCGUAAGUGUCUAGGAACAUCUCAUUCAACAGAGAAUGGUCAAGUGUCCUGGGACAUUGAAUUUUAUAUUUCAAGGAUAAUUUUUAAUAUGCUUUCAAUUGUAUUGGAAGGCCUCAGCAGAAAGGUUAAGUUAUUAUUGAAAGAUCUAAUACCAAACAUACGAAAAAUGAUUUAUGUAUCAUAUUAUUCAGAGGAGAUUGAAAAACCUUUGACCUGUGAGAUGGGAUGCAAGCCUUUUCAACUCUCUAUACAUGGCAGAAUUUUACGCUUUGUAUUCUGCUGCUGUAAAUAUUUUUUAUUUUAAUAAUGCUACUGCUGUUCUUUGUUUCUAAUGAAUAUAAGAAUGCUUUUACCAUUGA